AUGACUCGCAGUAAAGAAUUACAACAUAUAUUUGUCACAUUCUAUGGAAACUUUAUAGAUACCCCAGAUUUUGGUUCGUUGAGGGUUAGAAUGAAUACAGCUAUUGGUGUAUGUAUGGAUCCCUCUAUUCCUGAAAAUUUUGGCAAGAUUCAAUUUAUUUCAGAAAAUUGUGAAGAUCCUUUAAUGGCUACAAUACAAUAUGACACCUCUCUAACUGAAGAUAAAAUUAAACUAGUGGUACCAUCAAAUAAUUCUAUUACUUCUUUUUAUUUCCCAGGGUUUAUAGAUACUCAUAUACAUGCAUCUCAAUAUCCUAAUUGUGGAAUUUUAGGUAAUAAUUCUACUUUAUUAGAUUGGUUAAAUAAAUACACUUUCCCAACAGAAGCUGCCUUAAGUCAUUUACCAUAUGCAAACAUAGUUUAUGAUAAAAUUGUCUCAAGGACCAUAGCAAAUGGAACUACCACGGCAACUUAUUUUACUACAAUAGAUUUAAAUGCAUCAAAAGUUAUGGCUCAAAUUUGCUCUAAAUAUGGACAAAGGGCAUUAAUUGGGAAAGUUUGUAUGGAUUCAAAUAGUCCCGAGUAUUAUAUUGAGACCUGUAAAGAGUCAGUAUCAUCAUUGAUUGAAUUGGUAGAUUAUUUGGAAAAUGAACUUUGUAAUCCCUUAGUUCAACCUAUAGUCACUCCAAGAUUUGCUCCAUCGUGUUCAAGAGAAUUAAUGGAAACAAUUGGAAAUUUAGCAAAGAAUAAAUCACUUCAUAUACAAACUCAUUUGUCUGAAAAUUUUAAUGAAAUUAAUUGGGUAGAAAAUUUAUUCCCUGAAUGUGAAAAUUAUACUGAUGUUUAUAAUGAAUAUGGUCUAUUGAAUGAAAAAACAAUACUGGCUCAUUCUAUUCAUUUAACACCAGAAGAAAUUCAAUUGAUUAAAUUAAAACAAUCGGGUAUUUCUCAUUGUCCGAUCUCUAAUACUUCUUUAACAUCGGGAGAAUGUCCCGUGAAAGAAAUGUUUGCAGAUGGUAUUGAAAAGAUUGGCUUAGGGACAGAUGUUUCAGCUGGUUAUUCUUGCAGUAUUCUGGAGUCCGCUAAAGCUGCAUAUGCAGUAUCAAGACAUCUUGCAAUGAAGAAAGAAAAACCACAGUUGAAAUUAUCCGUAAAUGAAUGCUUGUAUUUAGCUACAUUAGGUGGUGCAAAAGUUCUAGAUAUGGAUAAACAUAUUGGUUCCUUUGAUGUGGGGAAAAGUUUUGAUUGUCAAGAGAUUGAUUUGAUCAGCCCCAAUUCUACAAUAGACAUCUUUGAAUGGCAAGUACCUACUAAUUUACCUAACACUAAGAGUGAACAUACUUCUUUGAACAAACCAGAACCAUUUCGCAUGUGUGACAUAGUGAGUAAAUGGUUUUUCAAUGCCGAUGAUAGAAAUGUUGUCACUGUAUGGGUAAAUGGUCACAAUAUACAAAAUUUGAAUACUUAA